GCAACCUGCAUGUUCCUUCUUGCGCUCGUUGCCAAAGGCAUACCAUAUACUGCAUCUAAGGAGUGUAUCAGCAUCAUACAUUGGUUAUCUCCCUAUUCCGCCCACUCGGAUUGACAUCGUCGAUAGCUUGAUCCGAAAUUCAAAUUCAACCAUAUACGGUAUAUUUCAUGAAACUUGUUCCCAAACACAGAACUUUUGAAAACACUAAGGAGCAAGGGACGUGUGUUAAUCUCCACACCGAGAUGGCUUUCUAGAGUCUUCCGCCGAGAUCUGGCUCAACCGAAUGCGUGUGUAAUCGAAAGUUUGCACCGAUACAGGCUAGGGUAUGUGGGACCCGUAGCAUGGAUAUGGUAUGGCAUGGCAUGGUAUGGUAUGCGGGACGGUUGGAGCACAGGUACGCAUGAAGUCAUGUACAGUCACAACGCACAAAUAAACCCCUAUUUGCUUUGCUCCGCGAAAUGGGUCGGUGCCUUAUAAGCUGGCUAGAAAUAUGGUCGCAUUCCAUCUGCUCUCGCAUCCUGAGAGGGUUUGUUGAUUGACGUUGUCGCGGUUCAUCUUCUCCCAGUUGUCCCCUGCAUCUCAUAACAGCACGAAAUGACAUCUGGUCCUGUAGCCUGUGAGACUUGCGGGGAACAAGUCAAAGAGCCGCGUUAUCUGCAGCGUCAUCUGGAUGAGGUUCACUGCCCAACUGCACAUGUUCAAUUGCCUGACGGUAGAGACUUCACUGUUUAUCGCGGCGCAGACGGUCGGUUUCAGUGCCCUCUCUGUGUAGCCAGCAGUCUGAAGACCAGCCAGACGCUCAUCGGCCACAUUGAGAAAAGUUGCCCAUGUAAUCCCCUCCGUCAAAGGCCGUUGCAACCCGAUCGCUCUCCUGUCGGCAAUGAUGAUGGCGGUCUAUAUCGACCAGGGAGCCCCACUUCGCAGUCUAACUCGCAGAGAAAAAAGAGGGGUAGACCCCGUAGAUCAGAUCCAUAUUCUUCCCACAAAUCAUAUCAAUUCCGCAAUGAAACGGAUUCUGCUGCAGCAACAAAUGGGCAGAUACAGCAGCCUUCAUACGCGACACCGUCGCACCCUGCCGCUGUCAACAUGAAUCAAGGAUCCAACUCUUUUGCUUCCGGGUCAUGCCAUGUUGAGUCUCAAGCAGCCCCCGCGCCUGCUGGCGAUCCCGCCCUGCAUGCCUUCCUCGCAGGCUUGCCCUCUCCCUUGGACCAUCAUCUCGACGCAUUUAAGAAAUGCGGCAUUGAUUCGAUGAAGAAACUUGAUAUGUUGCCAGCUAUGCCAAAGGAGCGAAAAAACAUUGACGACGAUCUCAAGAAGAGAGGUGUCACGGUUUUUGAUUUGUCGAUGCUCCAUUCGACGUUGGAGGAGAGAUCGGGUUCGAGAAAUUGAAAUUCAUCAUCCAUCGUAUUUCUUUUGUUACAUUUCCCUCCCGGAACGCCUGGAACUUCUCUGUCAUAAGCAAUAUAGCUUUUGUGUACUUUUAGAAAAGAUACUGUACAGUAAAUGACCAUAUAUUUGAAUGCGCAAAAGAUUGGUGAAUAAUU